CUUUAUACGUACUGCUCCUACGCACCUUACUUUGUAUGUGUUUUUAGCAUCUGUGCAGUACCUUUUUUUUAUUUAGAAAAAAACGGCGGGUGCCGUACUCUUAGAUGUUUUUUUGGCUACCGUACUCUUGUUUUGUUGAUGUUUGCCGCUUUACGUUUUUAAUGGUAUAACUGUUGAUAGAGGAUAAAGACAGGCAUUGUCUGUGGUAUCUGAUGUAAAUUUUCCGCACAUUUUUUUGCAUGUGGAUUAUCAUCCUGAAUUACAACCAAAUGUGCUUUGUACAGUUGGUGAAAUUUUCAAGGGAAUGCAGGGAACUUUCUUGUAUUUUAUUACUUCCUGCGCGCUCGUGAUUUGUCUUAUUGUUAUUCCGACAUGGGGAUAUUAUGACCAUGUAAAAUGUUACGGCACUGGCGACUGCGUAAUAGCGGCUGGAAACUUAGGCGGAGGACAGAAUAAUGACAGAGAAAAAUGGAUGAUCGAGUGCGGAGAUGGAGAAGGAAUGAUCGGGAUUUACGAUUUUAACUACCAAUUCCGAGGCCUAUCUCAAGUUUGGUGCUACUUUAUGUUUCCCUUGAAACCUCCAUCUCAGGGAAUAUAUCCAUACUACCCCUACUGUAACGUAAGGAAUCUUACUCUACGGGAAUUUUAUUGCUAUGAUCAAUAUUAUCCGGGAGAUACCUACAAUACUUUUGUAACCGGGCUGUUUGCGCUGGAGUCAUACGAUCCUGUUUAUCCAUCGCUGAUGAAAUGCUGCAAAACACCACCGCAGUAUGCACUGGAUUAUAGUCGCUGUCAAUGGAAGUAUACACACGACAAAUAUGGCGAGCAUUACGAUGGUCAGUGGAUUGUUAAAUGCGAUACGAAUUUUGUUAUGACAGGCUUAGGUCAAGCUAUGAAUCCAUGGGAUAAUUAUUUCCACUGGGUCUGGAUUCAGUGCUGUCCGUAUAUCACGGUAGGAAAUCACGGAUAACAUGCUCCGGCAGCGGAAAGCCUUAAUACCAGAAUUUCCAACGGUUUCCAUACACCUCAAAACUGAUCUCAUACCUUGCACCAUUUUUGUUGAAGUACAUAAAUUUGGCUCCUUUGAUUUGGAGCUUGGCCCAAUUAACGUAUUUCUACUCAUAAUUGAUUUGUUAUUGUAAUGUGCAUUUGCGGCAUGGACUAUUUUUUGCAUAUUAUGUUAAAGGAUGCGUCGUCUGAAACAAGACACAGCUAACCAACCAUGUGGUCCGUCGCGCAAGCAACAUUGUACGAAUACUGUACUUCAGAA